CGCCCGCACCGACGCGGACGCCCCACCGCCUCCGGAGGAUUGGGAGGAGCACGUCAACAGGUUGGACCAUGGCCCAGAACAAGCUGUUUAACAAGAUCCUCAAAGCCCUGCAGUCUGACCGCCUCGCCCGGCUGGCCAACGAAGGGGCGUGCAACGAGCCAGUGCUGCGGCGCAUUGCGGUGGACAAGUGUGCAAGGAGAGUGCGGCAAGCCCUGGCCAGCGUGAGCUGGGACAUCAAACUGAUCCAGUGGCUGCACACCACUCUGGUGGAGACCCUGAGCCUGCCCAUGCUGGCAGCGUACCUGGACGCGCUGCAGACCCUGAAAGGCAAGAUCCCGACCUUGAUCGACCGGAUGUUGCUGUCGUCCACUACGAAGACCGGGGCCGCCGGGGCGGAGGCUCUGACCCUCCUCCUCAAGAGGCCCUGGGAUCCUGCCAUCGGAGUGCUCUCCCAUAACAAGCCGAGCAAGCUGCCCGGCUCGCCUUUGAUUCUCAUCGCUUCCUCCGGCCCCUCCAGUUCCAUGUUCCCCACUUCACGCCGGCAUCGCUUCUGGCAGUCUCAGCUCUCGUGCUUGGGCAAGGUCAUCCCAGUGGCCACCCAUCUGUUGAAUAACGGAAGCGGAGUAGGGGUGCUUCAGUGCCUUGAACAUAUGAUCGGGGCUGUGAGAGGCAAAGUGGUGGAGAUACACAACCACUUCCCCCACAAGCCCAUCAUUUUAAUCGGCUGGAACACAGGAGCCCUGGUGGCUUGUCACGUAUCGGUGGUGGAGUACGUCACUGCGGUUGUGUGCCUUGGAUUUCCCCUGCUUACGGUGGACGGGCCCCGAGGGGAUGUGGACGACCCUCUCCUGGACAUGAAGACGCCCGUCCUCUUCGUCAUUGGCCAGAACUCCCUCCAGUGCCACACCGAGGCCAUGGAGGAUUUCCGGGAGAAGAUCCGGGCAGACAAUAGCAUGGUGGUGGUCGGCGGAGCUGAUGACAACCUCAGGAUAAGCAAAGCCAAGAAGAAGUCCGAGGGCCUGACCCAGAGCAUGGUGGACAGGUGCGUGCAGGAUGAGAUAGCGGACUUCCUGACGGGCGUGCUGACGCGUGCCGAGGGCCACAUGGGCUCGGAGCCCCGGGACCAGGACGCUGAGAAGAAGAAGCCACGUGACUCGGCCCGCCGGGACCUGGCCUUCGAGCUGCCCGAUCGGGGAAGCCGGCCCGCCUCUCCUGCUGCCAAGCUGCCAGCUUCCCCCUCUGGCUCGGAGGAUCUCUCCAGUGUGUCCAGUAGCCCCACCUCCAGCCCCAAGACCAAAAUGGCCACAGUGACCUCUGUCCAGAAGUCCAGCCAGGUCGGGGCUACCCAGCUCCUGAAGAGACACGUGCAGCGCACGGAUGCCGUUCUGUCACACAAGCAAGCCCAAGCUCAGUUUGCUGCUUUUCUGAAACAAAACAUGCUGGUGAGGAAAGCUCUUCCUCCCGGCACCUCCUCCUGUCUCUUUGUCCCCAUCUCCUCUGACCAGGCGGAGGCCUCAGAAAAGGAGGAUCUGCGGGCCCAACUGAAGCGUCACCAAACCCCUAGCCCCCCACCCAGCGGCAAGCCAUCCAAGCGAGCCAAAAUCAAAGUGACCAUCGUGUCCCACGGAGACCCCGGCGCCCCGGCCCACGGAGGGGCCCCGGAAAUUACCGGAGGAAAGCCCCUCACCAUGAUGCUCGGACAGAGCACGGCGGGCACCAAGGAGCUGACGGGACUGCUCACUUCCGCCAAGUCAAGCGCUGCGACGGAUGGAGCCACCGUCAGCCCCGCCCCCUCACCCGUGAUUCCCAGCAACACGACGCCCAGCACUUUCCACACUAUCCAGAGCCGGCUGGUGGCCAGUCCCGGCCACGGCGUGGCAGCCUCGCCCAACAGUUCCCUCCCAGGGUCUGCGUCGGCCAGCAGCCUCCUCCAAGGCCUAAGCUUCAGUCUACAGGACAUGGGUAGCAAGACCCCCACGCUCCCAGCCAGCGCCUCCCCAGGGCCAGCUACACAAGCCGCAGGCGUGAAGCUGCCCACCCCCCUUCAGAGCCUGGGCGCCAUCACCACAGGCACCGGCACCAUCGUCCGUACCAUCCCCGUCGCCACCACCCUCUCGUCCCUCGGCGCCACGCCUGGCGGAAAGCCCACCGCCAUCCACCAGCUGCUGACCAACGGCGGCCUGGCCAAACUGGCCAGCAGUCUCCCUGGCCUGGCGCAGAUCUCCAACCAGGCAGCGGGCCUGAAAGCCCCCACCACCAUCACAGUGACUCUGCGAGGCCAGCCCAGCCGGGUCACCACCCUGAGUCCAGUGGGCACUGGAGCGGCCCCCCUGGAGGAGCCCCCCUCGCAGGUUCUGCCCCCGGCUCCACAGAGACCAGCGCCGGCUCCCUGAGGAUCCCCAUCUGUCUCCUCGGCUUCCCUUCUGCCGGCGCCAGAGAACUCUCCCUCGUCUUCCGCCGGACCUGCCCGGGCCCGGCGAGAUGUCCGCUGCGUGGUCUGCACGCCUCCUUCUCGGCCGCCGGGCUUAUCGCUCGAACGGGGGCCCGCUCUUCACAGGGACCAGGUUGGCGCCUAUCGACCGGCGUUGACUCCAGGCCUUCACGCUCCUCACAUCACCCCAGAAGCCUUAGCACAGUUCUGGGAGCCCAGGAGCUACUCCCACCGCCCCGGCCGCACGGCGCUCCGGGUGGACUUUCCACGGGGAAACUCCUCCCUUCCCCCCAAACCCCAGCAGCAGUGACUGGACACAAGCGCAUUGUCGCUUUUCUGUAUCUUAAUAAAGGAGUUUCUC